GAAAAACCAGGGGUAAAAAAAGGCCUAUAUGCAACUUGAAGGGACCGAGAAAAAACUUUUUUUUACAUCAGUAGAAGAAUUUUGUGCUAGUAAUGCAUGUUAAGAAUAUUUAUGGUAAAUUCUUACCAUCACAUUUCAGCCUUUGUUUUUAUGAAACUUACUUACGUAAUAAUACAACUUGUACCAUCUUUCAUUGUCGCUUAAAGACAUUAUAUGCAAUAAAAUUCUAUCUCAGACACAAAAAGCGCCGUGACUUUUGACCGAAUAGGCCUGUUAUUUGCGUGUUAUUUUCCAGUGAAGCACGCUGUAAAGAUCAAAAACGAAAAAUUACGUAGACUUUUUUCGCUAAUUUUCACAAUUUAACAGCAAAUUUAAAUUAUGCAUAUUUUUUACCGUUGACACGCAUGUAGCGUUUCUUUAAUUAAUACACGGAUGCAUUUUUUUGUAUUUUUAGUAAUAAAAUUUAAAAAGCAAUAUAAAGCAUUUAUGAGAAAAUAUGGGAAAUUGGUUGCAAAAGGUGAGAGGAGAUAAGUCAAGCUUUCAAGUCAGUAGGGAGUGUCCUGUUGAUGACGAGGACACUGAUGAUGACAAUGAAGAGUUUACAGUUAUCAGCAUUCUGGAUAUAAGUCUGACAAGUCAUGAACAGGAACUGUCAAAUAAUGAAAGCGUCGCAGAAAAAUUAAGUAAAGUUGAUGAGAAGUGUAAAAUACUCAUUGAAAAUUGGAAAGCUAUACAAAACGAACUUCGGCUGUUGCAUAAACUAGAAGGCGACAUUGAUCUCAUUUCAUCACUACAUCACGUGGGUGGUGUUGACAUAUCGUUUCCUUCAAAUAAAAAUGAUUUGGUACACGCAUGCGCCUGCUUUGUUGUUAUGUCAUACCCUGAUUUAGACAUUGUUUACAAACAAUGUAAAAUCGUUCAUUUAACGUCAAUCUAUGUUCCAGAAUUUUUAGCCUUUCGUGAAGUUGUACCACUGAAGUCACUGUGUGAUGAACUUAAAGCACUCCAUCCAGAACUUUUCCCGCAAGUAAUUCUUGUGGAUGGAAACGGUGUUCUGCAUCCACGGAAAUUUGGCUUGGCGUGCCAUCUUGGUGUGGUUAUGGAUACGCCAACAAUAGGUGUUGCCAAAAAGCUUUUUCAUGUUGAUGGAUUAGAAAAGAAUCAAGAGCUUAAAGAUCGUAUUAAAACUUUAGAAGUGGCAGGAUCAUCUUUCGAUAUUAUUGGUAACAGUGGUUUUACGUUUGGUAAAGUACUGCGUAGCACAGCAAGUGCGUCCAAUCCGAUAUACGUUUCGAUUGGUCACAAAAUAGGUCUCGAGACUUGCAUUGACUUAGUGACGAACUGUUGUAAAGUGCGUGUUCCCGAACCAAUCAGAUGGGCAGAUAUUUUGUCACGUGAAUAUAUAAGAGAAAAUUAUGAGAAACAUGCGAGAGAAUGUAAUGAGUAUAAUAAGCUGAAUGAAUAUUUUCAAAAGUUAGCUAAAGCUGUGUGACUUUUUUUUUAUCUGUAACUAUCCAAUUUUUAUAUCAAUGUUUUUUAAAUAAAUUAAUGAGA